AUGAGAGGUUAUCCAUAUGGAAGUUAUUAUGGAUAUGGUUAUCCAGGAAUGACUCAAUCAUUGUUCAUGCCAGGUGCUUAUUCCGGAGGAUUCUAUAAUGGAACCAAUUAUCUCGGAACACAAUAUGGUAGAACGGAUUAUUGGGGUGGUAUCGAAAGAGGAGGUAGACUUGCGAACAUUGGUUUAGGUGCCUUUGGAAAUGGCCUCAAAAUCGGUGCUUCAUUUUUUAGUCUAAUGAACAAUCUAUUGUUGUUUUAA